AGUUCCUGGGUGUUUCCGUCUGGACUCUUGUAGUGAAAGAUCAAAAACUUUCCGAGUGUUUGACUGUUAAAGUUCGCUUUGGGCUUUCUACGUUCUCAAGGAUAAAAUAAACUUUUUGGCAAUAGAUAAAGUUCAAGUUUUAAAAAAAAGAAGUUUGGAGUUUCUGUUUGGAAUUGGCUCAUUUUGCAAGAAGUGCCACCUGGAGACAGAGUGAGCUGCUGGAAAGGCUCCAGUUGAGAGGGGGAGGGAUUUUUUUUAUCCUCUCUUCGGGGAGUUUGGGGAGUGUUUGCCAGAAAGGCAGAUCCUGGGAGAGGAUGGAGCGUUUGUUGCUGCUGCUGCUGCUUCUGGUGGUUAGUUGGGGACUGAUUUUGGGACGUGUUGUCAAAGUCCCAUCGGGCCGCCUGUACCGUGUUGUUGGAACUCCAGUCAGCAUUCCCUGUAACGUCAGUGAUUAUCAAGGACCAGCUGAACAGAACUUUGAUUGGUCUGUGAACCGCGUAAACAAACACUUCAGGAUUGUCAGCACGCUGGAACCUGAAUUUUCGGAUGCUGAAUACAAAGAGAAAAUCCAGAAGAAGGAUAUUUGGGUGAAGAGACUUAGUGACAACUCUGUUGAGCUGCACUUCAAGAGUGUCCAGUUUGAGGAUGAUGGGAGGUAUCAAUGCCAGACCCCUAGCACAGACGAAAAUAGUUCUGGAAAUUAUGAUGACAGUGUAUUUUUGCAGGUGAUCCCAGAUGGACUGACUGUAUCACCGAGAAGGUCCCGAAGUGCAAAGCCUGCAAGUUAUGUGGAAGGGAAAUCACUGGAACUUCAGUGUGUUGCGAAGACAACUUCAUCUGUUUCUACUCGUGUCUCUGUCACAUGGCAGUUAAAAGUGAAUGGCAGCAAGAGUCAAAAUGUUCUGUCAUUCACUGAAGACAGUUGGAUUCGACCCGGUGACUUGUACAAGGAUAGGUAUCAGAGUGGUGAUGUUAGAAUGGGAAUAGAAACAAAUGAUACCUUCAAAUUAAUCAUAACCAGUUUGCGACCUGAGGAUGGGGGUGUUUACUCCUGCAUAGCGGCAGAAUGGGUCAAAGAAGAUGGCUCCAAAUGGAAACAGAUUCAAGAAAAAAAUACAGACGUUGCAGUGAUCGAAGUGCAGCAGCUGGCCCAGACAUUGAACGUCUCUACACCCGGUCAGAAGCUCACUUUGAAUAAAGGUGAUGAAAUUGACCUCAUCUGCAACGUAACAGGAGUUGUAGACACGCUGACAGUUGAAGUUUCCUGGUAUUUCAGCACAUCUGCAGCAAAGCAUCCUCCAAGUGAUAAGGCUGUAGUGAGCUUGAAUCGGGCAGCAGUGGUGAGCGAUACUGAUUUUGUCACAUUGAGCAAGAUUAGUAGCAGUGAGUACCGACUGAGAGUGCAACAAAUUGACGAAACAGACAGUGGAUAUUACUACUGUGCAGCCUCGGUCUGGGUUCCGUAUACCAGUGAGAUUUGGCACAAGGCAGCAGAGGGAACGUCCAGUCCGGUUGGUGUCAUUGUUGGCAUUUUAGAUCCUACCUACACUGUCCAGCUAAGCUCCAUCAAGGUACCUAGUACCACAGGGGAAUCAGCUGAGUUUGAGUGCCGGGUGUUGGAUUUACAAAAUGCAGAUGAUGCAAAGCUGACUGUAGCCUGGUAUGUCAUCCCAAAACAGCUGAAUGGAACUCCAGAAGUGACUCUGCCUAUAGCAGCCAUGGAUCAGGAUUGGACCCUACAAUUGUUUGAUGAAUAUAUUGAGCGUGCAGAAAAAGGAGACAUCAUCUUUAUGAAGCCUGAGCUAUACACUUUCAAAUUUCAGAUGCAACAGGCUGUAGCUUCUGAUAGAGGAAAGUAUUUUUGCAAUGUCACUGCCCAGAUUAAACAACGAGGUAAUAUGUGGUUGAAAAAACAAGAAGUCUCCUCGCUUGCCAUUGAUAUUGACUGGAAAACAGAAGAUCCAAGCCUGAGUAUUACAGCAAUAGAGGAGAAACCAGUAUCCACACGAGGAAACACUUUUGAGAUGAUCUGUAGUGUUUCUGCAGAGCAUGUUGAAGUCCCCCAUUACUCUGUGGCUAUAGCAAUGAAUGAACCAGCUCUUACAGACACACAAUACAGCAAAAAACUUAUUUCGUUGACUCGGGACUCGGUGGUCAAACUGGAGAGAUGGGAUGACCAGGAUCGAUUGGAGGAUGUUGUUCUGGAAAAAGUUGGUGAUGAUGAGUUCCGUUUCCGUCUGUACAGGACUCAGUUUUCUGAUGAGGGAUCAUAUUACUGUAUUGUACAGGCUUGGGCUCUGGAUACAAAUGGGCAGUGGUCUGAAAUAGUUGCAAAUUCAUCCAACACUGUUGCUGUUGCCUUUAAAACUGCAGCUCCUCGGUUUAACGUGACUUUGCAAUCUGAGAAGCCUCAUGUAUUCCAAGGCGAGACUGUGGAAAUGAAUUGCACUGUUGAUCUAUUGGACAUACCUAACAACUCAGAUGUCUUGUAUGAAGUCGAAUGGUUUGUGACCCAACAAUUCUCCAAUGACACAAGCCAACGUCCUCUGCUGUCGAUAGAUCAAAGGUCAGUGGUGACCCAUCUGAAAGCCAAUACCGAUAUCAGCGUUGAACGAAUCAGCAUGCAUGAAUUCCGUCUACGACUACACUGUUCUGAGAAGUCUGUUGCCGGGGAUUAUCUUUGCAAAGUCACACCUUGGGUAAAAUUAGAGACCGGAACAUGGCAGAAAAUGCCUCCACAACAUUCUGAUUCUCUUUCCAUACGUGUUGAUGUUUCAGUGCUGGAUUCCUUCAAAAUGCCUUUGAUAUAUGGGAUUGGUAUUGCGAUAUUAAUUGGACUUCUCUCCUGUGCAAUUGGUUACUGUUCUUCUCGCUAUUGCUGCGGGGAGAGAAUGGCACAAAGAUACGAGCAACACAAAUUAAUAUCGAUGGCCUCAGACUGAGAUGACAAUCUCUUAGUGUUGGAGGAUUGACCAUUGGAUGAACUGCAUAAACUCUGCAAAUUUUGGGGAAAAGAAAAGCAGGUGUUCAAGAAGUGUUUUGUUUUAAGAAUGUUAACGUGCAAUGAUUGUAAUUUUCCUCUUUUUUUUAAAAAGCCAUUUUCAAAUAUUCAAGUGGGGUACAAACACUUCUUUUGUGGGAAUGUCACUGUGUGAUUUUGUUAAUUUUUUUAGUGGAAUGAGUGAUACUGUGGAGAUACUGCCAGUAUUCCUCAACAUCUGCCCAUCUCUAUUGACAGAGAAGAUCUAACUCCAGCUGCAUUUCCUUGGUUUCUGCUGGUCAGUCACCAUUCCUGUGGUUUCAGAUUAUUGAUCAAUUUGGGGUGUAAACUGAACAUUAUUGCCUUGAAUGGCAAUAGGGUUAAGAGUUCAUACUGUGAAAUGCAAGUUCUAAAUUACAAUGAAAUAUUGAUUCAAGCAGAGAGCCAAGUUUUACCAGUUUCUUUUUUUUUCUUAAAAGUCCUGAAGCCAGUAAAAUAAGCAGUCUUUGAUUCUGAUGGAAACAGGCUUGAAAAGGAGACUGGUGCCAAGGGCUAAAAUGGGCUGCAGCACAAGUUUCCUUUGGGAGUGUUUAAAGGGAGAGGCAGUAGUUCCAUUAUAUACAAUGUGUUCUCAAGACACUAUUGAGAGAAAACGGUUGUGCAAUUGUUUAUUGCUGUCUUUGAACAUGCACAAGUUGAAACUUACACCAGUGGAUACUGAUCUUGCUAUGGUUCACUCCAAUACAGUGCAUUUCAGUUUGAUUUUAGUGUGAAAGAUCUGCUUUGAUAACAGUAUAGCUUGCUGUUUAAGUUAAGAUAUUGCAAUUAAUGUAACUUUAAAAAAAAUAAAGAAACAGUCUACACUUGCCUGCUGCUGGUUGACUUUGGGGCAGUUAGUUCACUGUGUGAUGAUAUCACUGAUGAAACCACUUUGUAUAUUUGCUGCAUAUGAGACACUUUUUGAAAGGCAGAAAAGACACAAGAAUUCAAAUGAUGAAAAGGCUUGUUUCUCUACAGAUCAUGAGACAUUGAAUGUAAUGUAUUUAUCAGUUCUGGGUAAAGCCAGUUCUGUGGAAGACCAUUUUAUCCCCAGGUUAAGGGCUAUUACCAACACAUCCUUCCAGUUUUACUGCAGUGUUGAUGCUGGAACUGAAGAAAGAGACUUUAUGAGAAAUCUCAUAGUCUUUUCCAUCUGUUUUGCACACUGAGUGGGAAAUCAGAUCACCAGCUAUACAGUGUUGACCUCCUGUAUAACUCGGCUCAAUUUGGUGCUCUUGAGGAAAAUUGAAAUUGAGCGAAGAGGCCUAUUGCUGUAUGUCUGUCCCUGUUAGCACCACUGAGGAUUUUCCUCUGCCCUAGCUGGGAAGAAAGCUCCUUCACCACUUCAUGUUACUGAUGGAAAUAGGUGAGGUCUAAGAAAUGUACUCCAUUUUGUCACUAUUGAUGCUGAUUUUAAUGAUUUGCUUUUAAGAGAGAUCACUGGUAGCAUUGCAAGGCUUAUUGGAACUGCUUUAGGAGGGAGUAGGCCCACUGAAAGAAGCCUCUCCUUCCUGUUUAGGCCCAUAAUCUUGCUCACUGUAGAACUAAGAUUCACUCUGAGCAGCGGCCAGCUCCCCUUCGUAGGCAGGCUGAUUGCUCUGCUCUGCUCUGCAUCACAGAACAGCACAAACCCUUUAAAAUGACAGUCCUUCCUCUACAGGUAAUGAUCUUGCCUGAAAAUCCAGACCUGACCUUUUUUGUGUUUAUUUGUGGAGCAGUAUACUAGCUACGUAUUACUGGCCUCUCGCUUGCUAAGAUAAGUGAAGCAUAUUUGCUAACCAUCUCAAUAGAAGAAAACAGACAAGUAUAAUUCAGUUCUUCUAUUGUCUCCGGCACACUUUAAGGAGAGCAUUAUCUUGUGUUCGACAUGUACAGACUGUUGUUCCGCACAGGUUAGCGAACAAAUCAAGUGCCAAAGUCACUUGAUAAAAAUGACCGUAACACACAACAAAGAUGCUUUGAGAUAGUAGGAACUGACAAUGCUGGAGAAUCUGAGACAACAAGGUAUAGAGCUGGAUGUACACAGCAGGCCAAGCAGCAUCAGAGGAGCAGGAAAGUUGACAUUUCGGGCCUAGACCCUCCUCCAAAAACGUUAAGAUAUGGCAAUUAAUGUAGCUUAAAAAAUAAAGGAACACAGUCUAAACUGUUGCUUGCCGCUGGUUUGACAUUGGUACAGGUAGGUUGGGGCAGUGUGUGAUGAAAUCACUUUGUAUAUAUGCACCCCAAAUUAACUUUUCUGAAGAAGGGUCUCAACACGAAAUGCCAACUUUCCU